CGCGCGCACGGUACCCCUACACGUACAUUUAUAUGUAUGUAUGUGUGCGCUUGCGAAUAUAUUCGUAUUAGCUUUUAAAAAAGGGGUGGGGAAUUGCAUGCGAAUACCUUGCACACGGAAACGCGUACGUAACCAAGUAGCUGUGUGUACAAGUAGCAAGUUACGAAGAAAAUAACUACGUUUAUUUCUAUCCGCGCUUUAUAUCAUUUUCUAUCGAUAAUUAAAUUUAUUUCCAAAUCAUUAAGAAAACGUAAGAGAUGUCAAGUGGACUGACACAUAAGUAUCGUUAUAAAAAUGUGGGCUUAGACUCACAGGAAUUAAGACGACGUAGAGAAGAAGAAGGUGUGCAAUUAAGAAAACAAAAGCGUGAACAACAAUUAUCAAAAAGACGUAAUGUACCUAAUAUUGUUUCCGACGAGGAUAAUGUUUCAACUACAGAUGAAUAUUCUCUACCUACUCCACAAUUACAAAGUGUUGUUAUAACAAAAAAAUUGGUACAAGCAUUAUACAGUCCUAAUGUAGAAGAUCAAUUAGCAGCUACUCAAAAAUUCCGAAAGUUAUUAUCCAGAGAACCAAAUCCACCUAUAGAUGAAGUUAUACAUACAGGAAUAGUACCUCGAUUUGUUGAAUUUUUGAAAAAUGAUACUAAUUGUACACUUCAGUUCGAAGCAGCAUGGGCUUUGACAAAUAUUGCGAGCGGAACAUCUCAGCAAACACGUAUGGUAAUAGAAACAGGAGCUGUACCUACUUUCAUAUCGUUACUCAGUUCCGAAUACGAAGAUGUACGAGAACAAGCAGUUUGGGCUUUGGGCAAUAUCGCAGGAGAUAGUCCUGAUUGUAGAGAUCAUGUUAUACAAUGUGGUGUCCUUACACCUCUUUUACAACUUCUUACUAAAACCACGCAUCUAUCUAUGACACGGAAUGCUGUAUGGGCAUUGUCUAAUCUCUGUCGUGGCAAAAAUCCUGCACCUGUAUUUUCUGAAGUAGAACCAUCUUUACCAGUUUUAGCACAACUUCUUAAUCAUUCAGAUUCAGACGUUCUUGCUGAUACUUGUUGGGCUUUGUCGUAUUUAAGCGACGGGCCAAAUGAUAAAAUACAAGCAGUUAUAGAUGCUGGCGUUUGUAGGCGUCUUGUAGAACUUUUGAUGCGCGAAGAAACUAAUGUAGUGAGUGCAGCUCUUCGUGCUGUUGGUAAUAUAGUUACUGGUGACGAUGUCCAAACUCAAGUUGUAUUAAAUUGUUCUGCACUACCUUGUUUAUUACAUCUUUUGAAUUCAUCCCGAGAAACUAUACGUAAGGAAGCUUGUUGGACGGUUUCUAAUAUUACUGCUGGUAACCCUAUGCAAAUACAGGAUGUUAUUGAUGCUAAUAUUUGCCCUGUACUAAUUGAGAUAUUAGAAAAAGCCGAAUUUAAAACUCGAAAAGAAGCAGCUUGGGCAAUCACAAAUGCUACCAGUGGUGGUACACCGGAACAAAUUCGUUAUCUUGUUUCACAGGGAUGUAUUUCACCAUUGUGCGAUUUAUUAACAGUCAUGGAUACAAAGAUCCUCCAGGUUGCAUUAAAUGGUUUAGAAAAUAUUUUACGUCUUGGCGAACAAGAUUCUAGUAUGCACAAUGGUAUAAAUCCUUAUGCAGUUUUGAUCGAAGAAUGUUAUGGCCUAGACAAAAUUGAAUUUCUUCAAUCUCAUAAAAAUCUGGACAUUUAUCAAAAAGCUUUUGAUAUUAUCGAUCGAUAUUUCGGAUCUGAGGAAGAAGAUACAAGAAUUGUUCCAUCUAUUGACUCGCAAGGACAACAAUUUCAGUUCACAGCACCCGACUCUUCUCAACUUCCAGUUGAAGGCUUUGAAUUUUAAACGAUUAAAAUAUUGAUUGAAACCUGGAAUAACGUGCUUCUGAAUACGACUGUUCCAUGCGCUAUCUUUUACGAUCCUUAAUCUCAUGAGAAAUGUAAUAUCUCUAAAACCGAAAAAUAACAACUAGCUGUACGAGUUUUCUCAUACCGAAACAACAAACUAGCUGUACAAGUUUUCUCAUACAUUGUAUUAUUAUUAUUACAAAUGCUUUUGAGUUCGUAUAUUAUCCAUCAUUGAAAAAGGAAAGGAAAAUAUCAAUAGUACAUACCUCCCUUUUAAAAACAGAGUUAUUAGACUUAUUAUUAGUUAACAAAAUGUAUCUUGCAUCUUCAUUUUGUUAAGUGAAAAGUCUAAUAAUUAUGACAUAUAUAUGACUUGGUAAAAGUAAAACAUCUUUGCAAAGAUCUUUUAUCUUGCAAAGAUGUUUUACUUUUACCAAGUCAUUACAAUGCAUUAACCUCUUCCGCUAUGCGAUAAUAGUGCAGCCUGUGGGCUCAAACAAACAAUGCAAUAGUUUGAAAAACAAAUUGAAGCUAUCAACGUAUUCGUAUAUUUGUCCUAUAAUUUGUAUCAGAGUUAAACUUGCGGUAAUAGCAGAAGGGAUUAAUGUUUUUAUCGUUUGCUUUUCUUGGCUCUUUCUCACCUAUUCUAAACAAAAUAAAUCUUUAUUAAAUUAUAAUAGUCAAAGCUUUUACCAAGCUUUCGUGUUGUUAAUAUGUAUUACUGAUCGAUCAGUAAACUUAUUCGUAUACUUUUGCAGCGUAAAGCAUUCAGUUUAACAGAGAUAUAAAAAAACAGAAACUAUUGUAUUAGUGCUUAAAAAGUAAGUAUGAUUUAAGUGCUAAGACUGUGGGUAAACAGAAAAAAAGAGAGAGACCGAUUAUAUUCAAAGCCAGAUAUUAUACGUACACAUUACGACAUGACUGACUGGGAAUUACGACACAG